AUGGUGCACAUGGGAUGGUCCAACCACAGGGAAGAAGAAUGUGACAAAUCUAAAUGUGUGGCACAAUGUGUGACUCAGAUUCCAAAACUUCAUGCUGCCUACGCCAAUACAAGGGAGGUCAUUAUGGAACUUUCACAUGGAUCUUCUAAGGACCUUCACUUUCUUAACAUCACAACUGGGAUAAUUAUAAGCAGCUAUGGCUAUGGAGGACAAAGCAUUUCAAAGCGCCCCUUCAAGAAUGGACAUAAAGGAAGUGACAGCAAAAUGGUGGAAGGAAAAUGCCUAGCUCUCAUACUCCCAAAGAAAUAA